CCCAGCGCGCAGGCGCAGCCCGGGUGACGAAGAUGGUGUUCAUCAAGGAAUACCGUGUGGUGUUGCCGGUCUCUGUGGAGGAGUAUCAAGUAGGGCAGCUGUUCUCGGUGGCCGAGGCCAGUAAGAACGAGACGGGCGGCGGCGAGGGCAUCGAGGUGCUGAAGAAUGAGCCGUACGAGAAGGACGGGGAGAAGGGCCAGUACACGCACAAGAUCUACCAUCUCAAGAGUAAAGUCCCCGGUUACGUGAAGAUGAUCGCACCAGAGGGAGCGCUGGUGUUCCACGAGAAGGCCUGGAACGCCUACCCGUACUGCCGCACCAUCGUGACGAACGAGUACAUGAAGGACGACUUCAUGAUAAAGAUCGAGACGUGGCACAAACCCGAUAUGGGGACGAUAGAAAAUGUCCAUGACCUGGACGAGCAGACGUGGAGGACCGUGGAGGUGUCGCCCAUCGACAUCGCCAGCAGAGAGGAAGUCACCCACGGCGACUACAAGCCAGAAGAAGACCCCGCUCUCUUCCAAUCCGCCAAGACGGGCCGAGGACCCCUCGGACCCGACUGGAAGAACGAGCUGAAGACCGACUGCCCCUCCAUGUGCGCCUACAAACUGGUCACGGUGAAGUUCAGAUGGUGGGGCCUGCAGACCAAAGUAGAGAACUUCAUCCACACGCAAGAGAGGCGUAUCUUCACCAACUUCCACCGCCAGCUGUUCUGCUGGAUCGACAGGUGGGUGGGCCUGACCAUGGAGGACAUCAGGCGGAUGGAGGCGGAGACCCAGAAGGAGCUGGAGGAGAUGCGACAGAAGGGAGACGUGCGAGGCACCUCUGCAACAGACGCGUAGAGGCCGGUGGCUGUAGGUCAAAAACACUAGAGGCAGGCUGACUGCGUAAUACAGGUCCGAUUCGAGGCACCAGUGCUGCUCAUGAGCAAUGAGGCAAAUCAACCAAACCCGUCACGAUGACGUCAUCAGAGACAACGUCCACCACGAUGAGGAGGAGGCCUGGCGCUGCGUCUUCUCCUCCCCGUCUCCCAUGAUGCAUCGGGGGGUUUGAUGAUGAAGAUUGGUUAACAGUACUGUACAGAUUCUACCCCGAUCACAAGCCUCCUGUUCACAACAGAAAACAUGGUGUCGCAUACAUAUAUAUACAUAUAAAUAUAUAUAUAUGUGUGUGUGUGUAAAUAUAUAUAGAAAACAAACAACACAAAAAGAAGAAAACAACUCUUUGCACAGAAAUGGCCUGAUAUGUAAAUGUUAGUUUAUUAUUACAAUGGGCUGUGUUUGUAUUCAGGUGUGUGACCCGUGACUCAGAAGGUCAACAACGCCUUUUGGAAUCCAUUAGAAUGUUUUUCGGUUCAACAUUUGGUCUCGGAUGACUUCAGCAGGUUUUGGACCGUUUAUUCCCACCUCCCCUCGUAUUCUACCCGUCUGUCCUCGUCCCUCAGUGUCGUCUGUACUCUAGUCCUGGUGAAGAUGUGUCUGGAUGUUCCUCCUCCUCCGGCUCCUCUGUGUGGACCUUAGUCUGGAAUAUGGAUGCUUUUUUUAUUUUUCAUUGUUUGUUUCUUUUCAUUUUGAGGCUAUGGUUCAAAGCAAAGUUAAUAAUGCUCAUGCAUGAUGGAUAAUUCUCUGCUAAUGUCCCCCCCGACCCACCCCCAUCCUCCUCUUCCUCCUCCUCCUCACAAGUGUAUGUGGACAACAGCAACUCCUCGCUAAACUGUCAUUGCAUGUGUGCAGCAGCUGUCACUCAAGAGAGAGAGUCUGUACCAUAUGCCUGUGUGUGUGUGUGUGUGUGUGUGUGUGUGUGUGUGUGCGCUUGUUAGUGUUACCAGCCGCCUUCAAUCUUAAUGAAUCAUGGUCGGGUGGAGUCUCCACAAAAGCUUCUUUUAUUUAAUUUUUAUAUAUAUAUAUUUAUUUAUAUGUAUAUUAAAAUAAAAGAAGCUUUUUUUUCAAAUAUAUAUAUUUUUAUAUAUAUAUAUAUAUCCCCUCCUGGUGUUGGUUGCAGCUGUGGAUCGACGAGCGCUCUGUGUGUUUCUUAAAUUUGAUUUAAUUCAUCUGAACGGUUUCUGGUUAAACAUUGAAUAACUUAGUUCCAUCUUUUUAUUUAAUAAUGUUGUUUCUGCUGGUUUGACGCGUCCCGUUGGCCCCUGAUCCUCUGGAGGUGCUCCAUGUGUUCUCUGAUCAUGUGAUCCAGACUGAGUGGGUUUUAUGUCUCAUGGUAACCAGUGUGUGUGUGUGUGACCGACCGGUUUAAAAGAGAGUAAUAAGUGUACUUUAUAAUAGGCCCAUUGUAGAAAUGGACACGUACAUACAAACACUGACUUGAAUGGACGACUCGCUGCGACUACGUGAGUCGGGUCCGUCGUUCAAUACCGCUGACGAGGCGGCGCUCGUGAACGUGCACGGCCCGGAGACGGGCGUGCACGAGCGUGCACGAGCCGCUAGGUCAGUACGCGAGAGGUUUCCUAAAAAUAAGAUGAAUAAUGAAACGACUCCACAUUUGGAUCUGCAUGCUCAACAGCUUUUUAUUUAAUUAUUAUUAUUUUCAUUUAUUUUUGUUUGUUUGAUCAGGCUAUAUAUAUAUAUAUAAUAUAAGUGUGUAUAUAUAUAUAAAUGUAUAUUUAUAUAUAAUAUAAAUGUAUAUAUUAUUUAUAUAUGUAAUAUAUAUUUAUAUAUCUUUAUUUAUAUAUAAAUAAAUACAUAUUUAAAUAAAUAAAUAAAUGCAUUUUAAAAAAGGAGGGGAGGGGGGGGGCUUUUCCUCAGAAUCAAACCCCUCAGAUCCCAGACUGGGAGUGAAGAGCCUGACCGGUUUGAGGAUGUCGGGGUCCCGUAGGGGGUCGUGUGGGGGCGUGGCCAGGGUCUGACUCUGGGGGGGGUGGGGCUAAAGAGCUGAGGAGCCCAACACACGGCUCUCUUUACUGUCUUUGUCGUGAUCAUGAACACGCACUUGCAAAAUCUACUGUUUUUGUGUUUGACAGAUUCACGCCGUACUCUUGUUUUCUCUUUUCUGACAACAUUCAGGGGACUUGGAGUGAAUGUAAUACGAUUAGUUCAUGUUUGUUUUGUUUCCACGGCGCUCAGGCUGUGACAUGAAGGUCUCGACGGUGGAACAUAACUAUAUCUAAUAAAUUUGAUCAAAUAAGAGAA